CUAAUGAGUGCUUUAACAGCACUGGUUGCAGCAUUGAAAACACGAUGUGCGUAGGCAAGCCCAAUACAGACAAUGGAGAGUCCUCUGUGUGCGCAUGUAAACCAGGCUUCGUACAAGGCAAUUACACUCUUCAAUGUAUACCAGUGAACUGUGGACGUCCGCCCGAUAUAAACAACGCUUCAGUGUCCGUCACAUCCACAUCGUACGGUUCUCUUGCCAACUACACCUGCAUUAAUGCCGAUCCACGUGAAGAGUAUGAAUCGCAGAUGCAGUUGCGAUGUCUGGGCGAAGGGUUAUGGUACCAGCAAUGGGAGCAACAACGGUUUUAUUGCGAAGUAAAAUGCAAUUAUACACUAGAAAUAGCAAAUGGAAGUUAUACAGGGAGAUGGCGACAUAACCCCUAUACGUCGUAUGCGCACUGGGGUACGACGACGUAUUAUGUAGGGUAUGAAGUUGAGUAUGUCUGCAACGCGGACUCUGGACAAACGCGUUACACUAAAUGUCAGUUGACGGGCAACUGGGAGCCUAAAGCGCAGUGCGACCAAAAUAGUACAGCUGUUGUAUAAGUACACUAAAUAGAUAUAGAACUCAAUAUUGUCAUGUGUAAAGCGUCCAAAGAAUGAGUAUAACAAUACAAAUUAAUAAAAAAUCAGCAACGAUACGAUAAUUAACGCAACGAGCGUUUGCGAAUUUCUUUUUAUUUCGAACACCCCACGAGAAGCUUUAAUGAUUUUAUAAUUGUUUCCUGUCUACACUUUUUUUUAUGAAUAGCAUUUUACGUUUAUCAACUUCAUAAAAAAUAUUAAAACGAAGACUGUUUUCAACAUAGUGUUACCCACACAAUUUAAACGAAUAUGUAUCACAAUGA